GUUGCAUCUGAUUCUGAUUGCAUCAAUAGUUGCAAAAUUGUUGCUUCAUUGCAGUUGUAUUGAGAACCGAUUGAUCAUUUAUUCUUUGAUCAUUCUCAACCCUUGAUUCAACCUCAACCUAUGGUUGAGUUAACAAUUCUUUGAUAACCCUAGUGCCAGUACAUUGCUGGAUUUUCUGAUCUUGUGACACAGACACGAUGGAGUAUGCAGCUCCAGCCCUGGCCAGCCAGCUGCUGGCCGCCCAUGAGCGGACCCUGUUCUACGAGGACCCAGAGACCCAGAAGGCGGCUCUGAAUGCCAUUCCUGUACAGCGCCUGCGGGAGGAGGCAGGGAUGUCUGCCGGGCCCUCGGAGGCGCCAACUGGGGCGAUCGAGAAGCGCCCGGCGCCGGCCGAUCGCCUGCUGUACGCGCUGCUCUGCUGGUUCAAGGACGAGUUCUUCAGCUGGUUCGACGCGCCGACGUGUGCGCGCUGUUCGGCGCAGAUGGCGCUGGUGGGCCGCCGUCAGGUGUCGCCCGUGCAGUCGCUGGAGCUGGCCCAGCACGCUGAGCGGUUCAGCUGCCCGCGCUGCGGCACCGCCGAGGAGUUCCCGCGCUAUAAUCACCCGCGCAAACUGCUGGAGACCCGGCGCGGCCGCUGCGGCGAGUGGGCCAACUGUUUCGCGCUCUGCUGUCGCGCGCUCGGCUUUGAGACGCGCUUCGUGGAGGACCAGCAGGACCACGUGUGGACGGAGGUAUACAGCGACGCCGAGCGGCGCUGGCUGCACUGCGACCCCUGCGAGCGCGCGCUCGACCAGCCCCACAUCUACGAGGCCGGCUGGGGCAAGAAGCACCAGUACGUGCUGGCGGCGGCGUGUGACGAGGUGGCCGACGUUACGUUCCGCUACUCGGUGGAUUUCGCUGCCACGGCGGCGCGCCGGCGGUCGUACUGCGAGGCGGCCGUGGCUGAGACGCUGGGGGCGGUGAACAAGCGCCUGCAGCGCGGCCUGGCCGAGCGCCGGCGGCAGCAGCUGGCCGAGCGCCGCGUCCGGGAGCUGGUGCUGCUGCUGCGGCCGCCGCCCACCGUCUGCGAGGCGCCGGGCCGCCAGUCGGGCUCGCUGGUCUGGCGGCUGGCGCGCGGCGAGACGCGCCCCAUCUCCAGAGGGUUCGUGUUCCGUCCGACCGAGGAGGAGCGCUCCGAGCGCCGCCUGCAGUGGAGCUACAGCGCCGUGGAGGACCGCUACCGGCGGGGCGCCCAGUGGGCCGCCGGCUGGGCCAGCUGCGUCUACUCGGCCGAGGCCGUGCAGCGCAAGGUGGAGCGCGACUGGCACCAGGCGUACCUGUGCCGCACGGAGGGCGCCGCCGCCGGCUCCGUCUCCUGGCGGGUGGAUCUGAACGGCACCGGCCUGACGACAGAGAAGGUGCGGGUCCGCCACCCGGCCGCCGAGUUCGGCUCGGGCCGCGCGCGCUGGUCGCUGAACGGAGACGGUCUCACCGUCCCGCUGACCGGUGACGGGUCGGUGGAGGGCAGCUCAGUGACUGACACCGUCACCCUGGAGGCCGAGACCGUCACCCUGACGGCGUGUCUGGACGGCGGCGACGGCGCCAACGCGUUCCAGCAGUCGCAGCUGUGCCGCGCGCCGCUGGACGGUCCCGACUCGCCGCUGGAGGUCACUGUGUGGCUGAAGGAGGAGGUGUAACGCCGCUCAUCGUACUGCUGGACACCUCUCUGCAGGUAGGGGGGGGGGGGUAUGAGGGAACUGCAGACAGGAGCUCAAGAGAUUAGUGUUACUUCAUGGAGUGGGUGAAACUACGUUGAUGGCCGAAUAUGUUUCACAUUUCAUGACGAAAUGUGUUAGGUAAUCCAUGGUGAUAGUCCAGCUGGAUGGUAACGGGUGGACAAUGGAUACGGUCGUUCAAAAGAAAGAUGAUUACUGCUGGACUGGACGGUCCGUGCUAGUCUCUAAGAAAAUGAUAAAUACAGUCAGUUGUUGAUCAGCACUGUCAACAAAGAUGACGCGUGUUAUUGAUGACACAAUAUCAUUCAUUUAUCGUUGAUUGAUGUAGGUAUUGCUUACCGGCUUUUUACUUAUUAACAGUUUUUUUUUUGCCCGUUUGUGUUGCUUUUCUGCCUUGGUUUAAUUAUAAUUUAUUAUCUAUGCAAUGAGGAGUGAGGACCUCCCCUUUGCCUAAUUCUUCCGUAACGCCGGCCAUACACACGGCCAGUGUUUGCUUUACAUAUUGGCAUUUUGUUAAUUGCCUAGAACUGCCAUUAUAUAUCAGUAUCACCGUGUGAAGUGGCCACAGUGGCAAUGUUUUAAUGCAGUCCGUGUGGUGUAUCGCACCUUAUUCAGGUGUGUGAUUUAUCUGGUCAUUUUUAGCGUAGACUGUUAUUGUGUUUGUUGUGUGGGGACGUGGGGCCGUUGAAUCAGUUACCUGUCUUGCUGAAUGCUUCACACGCUUUUAAGUAUACCUUCAGCUACACCGCUGCUAGGUAUAUGUUGUGUCUAAUUUUGCCUCUUUCCGUGAUACAAUAUACGAAGCGUUGAUAAAA